ACUCCUCCUCCUUGACCAUGGAAGAGACAGUGGUGAAGAAAGGCUUACUCUACCUGCUCCAGCACCAGACCUUUGGGAAGAAAUGGCGGAAGUUCUGGGCUGUCCUGUAUAGGGAAAGCGCCUGUGCCCCGGCCCGCCUUGAGCUCCUGGAGUCCGCUGAGAAAGCCAAGAAAGGAGAGAACAGCCGACGCCUCAUCAAGCUGGAGGACUGUGUGCAGGUGGCUGAGGCAGGCGGAGAGACCGGCAGCCCCAAGGAGACGGCGGCUUUCUUCCUGGAGACCACUGAGAAAUGCUACCUGGUGGCUGCCGAGAGGGCUGAGGCGGAGGCCUGGAUCCUGGAGCUGUGCAAGCAUGCUUUCACUAGAAGCACAGAAGACUGGAAAGUGAUGCUGGAGAAGGAACUCCUGAAGGGCAAGGCCACGUCUCCCCCUGCUCUCUCCAUGGCAGAGAAUUCCCUGUACAGCACCACCUGCAAAGCCGCUGAGAGGCAGUUUCCCGUGGCCGUGAGGGCAACAGAGGCCUCUGAGCGCUGUCAGAUCUGGGGCAUCUUCCUUCUCUGUGCCAAAGCGGAUGCCUUGGAGCUGCGUGACACGCAAGCGGGGGAAGUGAUCUACACCUGGCCGUACAAGUUCCUGCGGAGAUUCGGCCAUGACAAGGUAAUGGCUGUGGGGUGUUUGUCUCCGAAUGCCCAGAGUCCUUCUCUUCCCAAAUCUCAGGGAAGGAACCAUGCAGAGGAAGCCAUCUUCUCAUUUGAAGCUGGGCGGAGGUGUGCCUCUGGCGAAGGCAGCUUUGAAUUUGCCACCAAGCAGGGCAGCGAGAUCAUCCAGGUCAUUGAAGCUGCCAUCAAUGCUCAGAGGAACUCCACCAGUGCAUCUUCAGGCGCCGCCCUUCUUGCCGGGGCCGCCAGUCCAGCCAAGCCUGACGACGGUUCCCAGGGGGGGGAAGCCACAGUGCUGGUGGAAGGGCAGUCGUUCCGUGCUGCAGGCACCAAAUCCCUCUCCUUCGAGUCCACUUGGCAAGGAAGGCCAGCGAAGGGCAGGUUAGUCAAGCCCACAGCCAGCUGCCCCCUCUCCAGCACCAACUGCCCCUACACGGAGGGGUCUGAUGCCCAUCCCAGGCGAGAACCCCAGCAGGGAUCAAUGUCUGAGUACGCAGAGCCAUUUGACGCCAUCUCCAAGUCGCCGGGAAGCUCAGGUGGCAGCUGUUUCCCCCUGCCUAGCACCGAGGAGCCACCGGGGGCAGCGGGCUUGCAUGCCAGGACCAGAGGGUUGGGCUUGUCACCUGCCUCUCUGGGGCUGCACCACAUCUAUGAUGACCCAGAAGGUCUGGCCCACCUGGUGUACGACGAGCCCCAGGAGUUCACAGGGGACGCCUGGAAGGUGCAGGCCACUCCCGAGGACCCUGUCGGCCACGAAUACCCCUACAACCCAAGCUUGGACGACUACUCUGUGCCUAAGAUGGUGGCAGCGUAUGCCCCCGUGCAAGAUCAAAAUGGGCUUGGAGAAAGUGCAUAUGAUCAGGUGAUCUUGAGCCUCAAGAACAAGAAAAAUGCACAGUGAAAGGAGAGGAUGGGUGGGUGGAAUGAAUGAAUGAAUGAAUGAAUGAAUGAAGGGGGUGGAUGGGAAAUGAGAGGAUCGCUUUGUUUAAUUGGUUGG